AUGCCCAAGAUCAAGACCAACCGCACCAAGCCGCCUCCCGAAGGCUUCGACGAGAUCGAGGACAUUCUCGAGGAAUACAACCGCAAGAUGCGCGACGCCGAGGCCGAGACGCACGAGGGCAAGCGCAAGACCGAGAGCCUGUGGCCCAUCAUGCGCAUCACGCACACCCGCAGCCGCUACAUCUACGACCUGUACUACAAGCGCGAAGCGAUAUCCAAGGAGCUGUACGACUGGCUCAUCAAGCAGGAGUACGCCGACGCCAACCUGAUCGCCAAGUGGAAGAAGUCGGGGUACGAAAAGCUGUGCUGCGCACGGUGCAUCCAGUCGAGGGACAUGAACUACGCCGGCUCGACGUGCAUCUGCCGAGUGCCGAAAGCGCAGCUCAAGGAGGGCGUCAUCGUCGAGUGCACACACUGCGGUUGCCGAGGGUGCGCAUCGACGGACUGA